UGUCGUCAAAUAUAAUAAUUGACACAAGUCCUUCAGAACAUCACAUCCUCCUAUUUAUCUAGAAUUAAACUUUCUUUCUUAUCCUAGGUGGACCAAUCUGAAUAAAUUCAACAGAAAAAAUACGGGUAGAUGUUUAUGUAAGAAAGCUUAAUCAUAUUUGAUACUUUUUCAUGUCAAAUUUACCAUGUAAAUUUUGUAAAUUUGUAAUUUUCUCUGUUUAACGGGGGCUCGCGGGCCUAAAUCAAUUUUUUUAUAUAGGAUUUCGCUAUAUUUUUCAAUUAAUUAACUUUAUCAUAUAAUUAUUCCAAAAAUAAAAUAAAAUGGGGUCACCGUUCAAUUAAGCUCACCAUCUGCCUUCGAAAGAAGCAUACAUAUUUGUAAAGGAACUUUUUUCUGUUGAACUAAUAGGAGAAAUAGAGGUAAUAUCGGAAUAAAACAAUUACAGAAAUCGCUUAGAUUUUGUAAUAGUUAGGUCAACUACAGCUUUAUCAAAAAAAUAAUAAUAAUAAACAUAUGUCAACGAUGGGGUAAAAAAAAAAUAUUUCAUUGUUUUCCAAAAUGGGAAAGGGAGACAAUUUUGGGCUUUAUCAAUGGUACAUUCAAAGGCAUUUGGGGCAAAACCAAAUUGAUUUUUUAAUUGGUUGAUAUUUGUACCAUAUGAUAAAGUAACAACAAAUAAAUAAAAAAACAUAUACAAAUGUAUGCAAUAUUUAUGUAACACAUAAAUAACAAAUAAUUUAACAAAAAUCAGCUCGUGAAUAUUUUUUAAAACCAAAAAGUUAUGUAUUUCUAUCGAAAGGAACCAUACGUCCUCAAAUCCGUAUUUUGGGGAAAUAUUUGAAGUUUGAACAUCUUUUUACUCAAAAGGUAGCAAAUGAGGUAUACUUUUUAUUACAUAUUUGAUUUAAUCAAGUAAAAUAUAGCUUACAUGCAAAUUUUCAUCAAAAUUUAAAUACGGGAUCAAAACUGCACCCUUAAGAACAAAAUGCAUAAGGACUGACUUGAAUUUGAAAGAUUUAUUACUGAAAACUACUUAUUGCAAACACACAAUUUUUCACAAAAUUAAGUUUAAUUGUAACUCUUUUUAAAUUCAUUGAUAUAUUACAUUUGUAUCACAUGUUUUUGGAAUAAUUUCAGAACUAGAUUGAAACGUGAUUGAAACUUCAAAAGAAUACAUCAUUUAGUUAUAAAGAGGGAAAAAAUACCUUGACUCACUGAAUAUCUGUUAUUCAUAUUUAAAACGAUAAGAGAUAAUAAAGUACAACUACUAGCAUGACUCACUAAACAUCAAGAUUAAAGAAAUUAGGAAUAAUAAUAAAAUGGUGUGAUUAUUUUAAAUAUAGAAUAGAUGUUUUUAUCGAAAUAAAUAUAGAAAUGGGAUAAGUUAAAAUGUAUAAAUAACAUUUUAAGUUAGUUAACUUUAGAUUUAUGAGUUUGACUGUCCCUUUGGUAUCUUUCGUUCCUCUUUUUCAGAGGUUAGGGGACCAUUUGUUAUUAUUGUACACAUUCCUUGAACUUAGUUUAAUUAUUGUUAUUUUACGGGUUGUUGUUAUAAGUAUACUGCUGCAUAAUAAACUUCCGUUAAAUGACAAAUUUAAAUUUAAAUUUUACGUAUAACUAUAAAUAGAGAGGAAUAUGAUGAAGGAAAUUUUCAACGGUUCACAUUGAUAGAUGCGUAUCGACCUUGAUUGAUUUAGUACAAAAAUGCCUUCGAAACCAACAGGUCAAGAAGAGAAUAAAUGUUUUGACCAAAACCUUUCAUUACGUGGUCAGCAAAUUGAUCACGCAGCUGGACCAAAGUAUUUAGAAAAUGAUGUGGAAAACUGUGCAUUUCAAGACGAUUUCCUAUUACAAGUUUCAGUUGACAAUGCCGAGCAAAGGGACAAACUAGCAAAGGCAAACACUCUUUCAAGUAGACAGUCAAUAUUGUGCAUGAAACCUAACACCAACCCAAAACAACGCCCAUCAUCUAUAAAUGACGAUUCAAAUUCAUAUAUUGAACCUUCUGAACACGUUUUGACAGAAAGUACAAGUUUUAACAGUACAAGUAAUAUACCAAAGAGCAACAAGACUGUAUCAGAAAACUGUAAUUCAAAUUAUGUACAUAUUGCAAGUGUUCACAAGAACGAGAAAAAAGUUGAUACAUCUGCCGAAGAUGAUAACAAAUAUAGCCGACGAGAGGAAAUAUCAACUGCGAAAAAGGGCGAUAGAACUGAGGAACUACUUCUUGAUGACGACAGAGGUAAAGAAAAACAUAACGGUCGACCUAUUCGUGUGAUUACUAUGACCUGUAAACAACUCAUUGUCAUAUCCGUAGUCAUGGAUGUCGUAAUUCUAGCAUUGGUUUCAGUAGUUAUCUUUCUUUGUAUACGAGAUCGUGAAUUAAAUCUCACUAAAAUAACCUCCAGUGGAAAGACAAGCAAUAUCAAGACUUCUACUUUAUAUGUUAACUGGGAUGACACCAACACUGUAGAUUCCAACCAAUAUGUUAAUAUUACAUUGUUAGCAGAAAAUCGAAAUAAGUUCAUUAGCGUAGAAAGGGACAUCAUUAAUAUUAACCUUAAUGGAACAUAUGGACUGUACUUGUCUUUAAAUAUCGACAUACCAAAUAUACAGGGAAUGGCAUUUAACGAAUCAAUAAGGAACACAUCACUCAUUUGCCUUAAAACCAACCGAUAUGAUUUCCUAUGUCAACGUCAAAGGUCACUUCCAAAUACAGCAUGUACUGUGUCUAUCAAAGGUGUUUUUCCGCUAUGGGAAGGAGACAAGAUAUGGGUAAGUGUGAUGGGAAUCAAUCAAAUUUAUAAAAGCAAAGCUAACAAUCGUCUCGUUAUAAUUAAACAUCCUCUUUUCUGAUAUAAAGUCAAGGUAGAGCGUAUGUAGAAUUCCGAUGUGGGUUGCGCAUAUACGAAUAGAAACCAGGAGCUACGAACACUUAUCAAUGCAAGAACAGCGUUGCAAUAUUUCCGAUAGUAAGAUGGAUACUGAGAAACAUGUUCUACUUGAAUGUCCGCUUAAUGAAGAUUUGAGGAACUAACUUUUUGAAUACAUUAACAGUGAAGAUAAGAAUUUUUACAUGUAUACGACUCUUGAGAAACUGUCUAUUGUGUUGGGGUGCUCAAAUGUGAAUGGUAUUAUAUAAUAAUGUGCCAAAACCUUAAAAUAUAUUAUAGACAGUAGACGACGUUUUUUAAAAGUUUUCAGUUUUUUUACACAGUACAUAGGUUUUUUUUUAUGAUUUUUUUACUUUGUGUCUUUCAUAAUUCUUUUAAGAAUGGCUUUACUAUCUAUUUAUGUUUUUAUUUUUUUGUAAUAUAUGUAUAUAUUUUUUAUGUGUAACUAAAAAGGAGCAAAACACAUUAUACCAAGAUAUAAGACGAAUAAUGAAAUUACCGGCAAAUCAAUCUUCCCAUAGAAUUUGUCCAGAAAAGAUGCAUAAUGUAGUUUGGUAAAUAAACAAAGGUCGAUAGCUUUUUGAAGAGCAUAAAUGUAUUAAGCUGUUUGACACUAAAACAACAUAUAUGUUUAUUGAAGCGUCUUUAUACGAAAUGUUAGCUUGUUGGGUUUUAUUAAAGCUUUUCUUCGGAAAUUUAAAAAAAAAAAUCUGGUUGUUUACACAAUAUUUUUUUCAUGAUCAUAUUGUAAUUGUGAUAUAUUACUUAGCUAUUGAUUUAUAUAAAACUGAUUGGCAUAUUAAGUUGGUUUCAAAUGAAUAUGCCAAACAACGUACUUAUACAUUAUUAUAAAAACAGAAUUAAAGGUAGAAAAUUAUAUUUGUAAAACCAUUGCAAGGAAAUAUAGAAGUGCCUUUGUAAAAAUUCGCUGUGGUGUUGCGCCCCAAAAAUUGAAACGGGCCGGUAUCAGAACUAACCUAUUAAUUAAAAAAUAUGUUUUGAUUGUAAUGAUGAUACCAUUGAA